AUGCGUGUGGCUUUUGCGGCCGAGGUCCGGCGGCCAGCUCCAGUCACUGUGCCGCCACGCAGACAGCGAGAGGUGGAGCCGGUGGAGCCAGUCAUCUCGCCUCCGAGCACCGACAGCCCCGACAGCCCCGAAAGCCCCGACUCACCCGAUAGUAUGGGGCCCGAUUCGCCUUCAAGAAUUGUUGUGCGGAACACCUUCAUUGAUAUUCGUGAUGAAUUCGCAUCAGGUUCAGAUGAGCCUGGCUCCCCCCACCGCGGCAACAGUGCCCCUGCAUCGCCAACCCAACGAGCCGAUCCUUGGGACAACGUUGACCUUGGAGAAGGUCAGGAUGUGCCAUUUGGCGUACAAGGUCCCUUUGGAAAGGCACCAAAUGCAGAGGACCUCGAGCACUUGGUUCACUUCGGAACAGCUCAGGAUGGACGCUGGCUCCGAGAUCUAGCAUCGCCGAAAAAGGUCUCCGCCCGACCCCGCAAGACGAAAGGAGUUGCUGCGGAAGCCGAGGGCACUUCUUCAAUGCGGCUCGGGGAUCUGCUGAAACUAGGUAUUCCAGGUCAGCCCGUGGAAAGGGAUGAUGGGGAGACUGAGCUGGAGAAGCAGAUGCAACAGUUUCGAGUGCAGCAAGACCACUUGCUGCGUUCACAACUUCAACCAGUCCUGGAGGGCAAUUUGCAGGCUGAUGUCCCUGGGACAUGUUUGAGCGGCCUCGGAGCCCCUCCGGCUCCAGCCGUAAGUUCCACCGCAGGCGUUUGGCCAGGAUCCGGCUACAGAGGUCCGCUUCCAGGUCAGCCGCUGCUUCCCAACAUGGAGGUGCCCUUGGCAGGAUGUCCUCCGAUGCACGGUGCAGGUCGCGCUGCCGCAGUAGGUCCGCAGCUGCAGCGAGAUCUCGACAGUGGAUGUGGUGGAUUUUCUGGACAGUUGCCAGGUUUUCUGCAGCAACCCAACAACUACGUUGGGCAGGAUGCGGGAUCGCGAAUUCCUCCACUCCAGGACGCCGGGUCACGCGUUCCUCCGCAGCAGGUGCUAUGGUCACAAGGUCUAGAUGCACCAUAUGCUGGAGGAGGUGUUGACUGGCGUGGUGGCGGUGGUGGUCAGAACCUACCGUUCAACUUGGCAUCCAGCAAUUUUGCUGGAGGCCUCAUGGCGGCAGGAGGCAUGCUGCUGGCACAGGGAAUCUCGUCACUUCAACAGCAGCAGCUUCAGCUACAGCAGCAGCAGGAGCAGCUUGAACGCCUCCGUCAAUCCAUCGAUCCGCAGAUGCAGCUGCAGGCCCAGGCUGUGAGCCAUGCAUGCCAAGCGUCCUUUAUGCCGAGCGGGUGCGGCCAAGUCGACUCGCAGCGAGGCAACCGCCAACCUUCCAUGAAGAAGGGAGGUGGGAGGGCGAUAAAUGCAGGCCGAGGCGGCAAGCGGAUGAUGGAAGAUGAAGCGCUUAUGGCAGGCCGUAAGCAGAUGUUCGACCAAAACAUGGCAGGGUUGAUGAUGCCGAUGGAUCCUCAAGCUGGAGGGCCCGGUGCGAAGGAGAAAGCCAAAGUGCCCCUGAGUGGGGGCGGGCCAAAGCGAACUGACUACAUAAAAAAGUUCGGGGGUGCCAACGAACAACACAUGGAAGGCACUCCGACAACGCAGCCCAUUACGACAAUGAUGCUGAAGAACAUACCGUGCCGAAAGAGUCAAGAAGAGGUCAUGGCGACCAUUGAUGAGGAAGGAUUUGGUGCAAGGUACGACUUCUUCUACUUGCCCAGGGACGUCAAGUUUCGAGCAAACCUUGGGUACGCCUUCAUCAACUUCGUCACUCCGGAGGAUGCCGCCGACUUUCAGAACAAGAUGGACGGGUACCGUUUUCCAAAUUCAGGCUCCGCGAAGGCCUGCAUUGUGGUACCUGCGCACGUGCAGGGCGCUCUGAAUAACCUCCAAGCUUUCAAGAGGACGGAGGUCAUGAGAAGCAACCGCAAGCCGUUUUUCUCAUCCGUCGUGGCAUUGUGA